AGAUUACAUCAGAACUGGGGAUAAUCAACGCCCACCAUGGGAAAACGGAAACGCGCCAAGCACGUGCGUGCGCGUUCAACUUCUACUUCAAGUAGCAGCAGUGGUCGGACGAGAACUCCGUCACCUCCACCGAAACAAAAAAGAAAGGAAAAGAAGAAAACAAAGGUAUCACGUAAGGCUGAUACCUCAACUGUAAGUACAGAUAAAGCUUCUACUGUGGUGAACAAUAUUAUACCGGAAUUUGAUCCUUUACGAGACGACAUAGGUGCUUGGCUUAAUAUUAUUCAAUCUUACGCUAAAACUUUUUCAUGGUCAGAUGGUGUGGUUAAAUUUCAAGCGCUUAGCAAACUAAAAGGGUCCGCUAAGACCUGGUACGAUUCUUUAUUGCGUACGGAACAAGAGUGGCCUUCGUGGCGUUGGGCGGACUGGCGCCGUAGGUUAGCAUCUAGCUUUCAAAUAAGACGUGAUAUGUUUUUACUUUUGAAAGAAAUAGUAGACAAGAAACCGACUGAUAAUCAAUCAUUGUACGAGUUUUAUUUCGAACAGAAGAGCAAAAUCGAUCGUUUGUCAUUAAAUUUCUCGGAAAUGGAUAUUGUAUCAAUAAUUGUUGGCAAUAUAGGAGAUUCUGGGAUAGGCGCGUCAAUCGAAGCAAGCAAUUUUACAACGUGCGAUAGCUUGGCAAGUUUCCUUCACGGACGUACUUACAAAUCCAGAACCUCAAAACAAUUUAGUUCAAAUAUACGUGAUGGACAAGGCAAGAUAGGUGCACAUGUCACUACCACUUCUGCAAAGGUACUUACAGGUCAGUCAGGCUCGAGUCAGACCGCUCCGUCCAAUAACAAUCAGGUUCAUAACCAAACUCAACGAAAACCAAUUGAAUGUUACGUAUGUGGUGGUAAUCAUAAGAAAACAAAUUGCGACAAGUUAAAUCGAAAAUGUGAAUUUUGUGGCAAACGGGGGCAUGAUGAAGCCGCGUGUUUUCAUAAAAAACAUUCAACUAAAACCGAAAAACAGGAAGAGACUAAACUCAUUUCUACCGUCAAUUCACGCGAUAAAUUUAUAAAAAAGAUUUACGUUAAUGACACCUACUAUUAUGAUGCAUUUAUAGACAUGGGGAGUAGUUGUUCAUUAAUAUCACAAUCACUGGUGAACAAAUACUCUCUUAAAAGUAUUCCUUUGCCAUCCCCCGUCUUGCUGCAUGGUUAUAAAAAGGAUAUUUCUGAAUACGUUCAACAGAAGGUAGUACUUGAUUUUAAAUUGGAUUCGGUGUGUUUAAAGAAUAUUGAUUUCUAUAUUAUCAAUGAUUUAGACGACCGUGAAAUGUUAAUUGGGCGAAACGUGACUGAACGAGCUGACUUGGUAUACUCGCGGGUAGGGAACCGCCUCCUGUUUGAUUAUGCGAAAACAUUUGCAGAGUUUUGUAACAAUAUCGCAGAAUUUGAAUUGGACGCGGAUUCUCAUCAUAGCGAAUUAACAGCACUCUUUAGGACUUAUAGAGACUGCGUUGCGUCUAACACUAAAGAGUUAGGAAAGGUGGCUAACCAUGAAAUGAUUAUUGAGGUUACUAACCCGCAACCUAUUCAAUGCAGACCCUUUAGGGCAUCUCAUGCUGACAGAAAGAUAAUUAGAGAAAUGGUUAACGAGCUCUUAGAAAAUAAAAUAAUCUGUGAAACAUGUAUCUUAACUCGUGAGGCGCCUGCGGCAGGCGCCAUGCAGGACGGCCGUGUUGGCAAUCGAGUGCAGCGGUGGCGCCACCUUGCGGAGGAGCGCGUAACUACGAGGAAUGCCAGCACACCAAUCGAUGGCUCGAAGGCGCCAUCUAUCCGACGGCUAAGGAAACUGCUUCAAGACUGGUUAGGAGCAGAGGAAGGGGUAGAACCAGCUGUUAUUAAAUAG